CCAUGCCUUGACAUUCACUGAACAUCUGGAGACUCGAUAUGAUCUAACCUAAUCAUCUCGCACUUCCUCAUCUCUGAUUAUUUGCAAUUGGCAUCCGUUGCAAAAUACUGAAAGCACAACACAAUGGUCAAUUGGAAACAACCCGAGUCAGCCGACCGUCUCUGUGCGGCGCUCGUCGUAGCCCAUCCGAGUCUAAAGCUCGACUACAAUGCCAUAGCUACCUACUUCGGACAGGGAGCAACGUACGACGCAAUUCAAAACCGCUUCCGGAAAGUUCAUUCAUUCGCCGAUCAACUCCGACAGGAAGCCAUAGAACGGGGGAUCACUGAUCUUCCCGUUGCGAAGGCCCGAAAAUCCACUACCGGGAGUAUUGCCUCUCCUGCUCCACGAACACCACGUAUGGGCCGCAACGGGGUCCAGAAGCCUAUCUCCUCUUCCUCAUCUCGAAGGAGACCCGCUCCCAGAACACCCGCCAUUUUGAUAACACCAACCCGAAGCGGAGCUAGUUCAAGCAAAGCCGGACAGUCUAUUAUGGAUGCAAUCUCUCUAGAAGAUGACAUGCUCGAUGAUGAAAAGACCGAUAUGAAGCCUCCACUCAAAGCGGAGUCCAGGUCUGCGCAAAUCUCAACAAUGGCAGGUCCUGCUUCCGACGAAAGCGAUGUCGAGAUCAUUGAAAUGCCUCCUUCGCCUCCGGCACUUACAACGGGGAAAACUGAAGACUUCUAUGUCUCCACAUCAAGCUUCCCUUCUUAUCCUAGCUUCAGCGUGGGCAAUGGAAUUAGCUCAACUGUCAAACGCGAACGUGAGCAAAGUCGCUUGCCGGGAUCCGAGGAUACGCCCGUGAACGGUACGAAUACUACUCCAUCAACAUCAAGCGUCUUCAGCAACAGAAAGAGUAACAAUGAUACUCCUCUCGGCAUAUCCAGUAUAGGCGGGUUCGCCCAUAGUAGUAGCUCAGCCUAUGAGAUGGACGAUCCAUGGAGUGAAGUUGCAUGAGAAUCGAGAUCAAAACAAUGCUGC